AUGUCCGACAUUCGCGAGAUCGACGAAGUAAUCCGAGACACGAGAAGAGCUCUAGAUCAGAUGCCACGGGAACACCAUGACAGGGCUGCCUAUCUAGAUGAUCUUGGGGUCGCACUUGGAGACCGAUUCUCCAUAACAAGAAACCCAGCCGAUCUCGAAGAAGCCAUCCAAAUUAGUAGAGAAGCUGUCAACAUGACACCAGUGGAUUCCCCAGACAGGGCUGGGCGCCUGAGCAACUGCGGAAUCCGACUCGCAGAGAGAUAUUCCGUGAUAGAAGAAAUUAGUGAUCUGAAAGAUGCUAUUAUAAUCAUGCGGGAAGUGUUAGAGGUCACUCCCAGCGAUGAUCCUGAUAGAGCUAUGUACAUGAACAAUCUUGGUACUGCGCUCGCCGACCAAUACGCCCAGACUCGCAAAAUGGCGGAUCUCAACGAAUCUAUCUACAUUACUCAGCAAGCCAUUGAUGCAGCUGUAGAAGAUUAUUCGGACCGGCCCAUGUACCUGAACAGUCUUGCGCUUCGUCUUGGGGAUAGAUAUACGAGAACAGGAGACGGUGCCGACCUGGAUAAUGCUCUGGGUAUCAUACGAGAUGCCAUCUACCUAACACCAGACGACUCCCCGGAUCGGGAUCUAUACUUGAAUACUCUAGUCAUCCAGCUGGGACGGCGAUACUCAAGAACAGGGAGAGUGGAUGAUCUCCAAGAGUCCAUCCGAGUUGCUCAGGAUAUAGUCGAUACAACGCCAUCCGACGAUCCCGACCUGCCAAUGUAUUUAAGCAAUCUAGGACUGGCACUUGGGGAUCUAUACUCCAUAACUGGUGCAGAUUCGGAUAUUGAAAAUGCGAUUUUUGCCUUCAGGGAAGCCUUUGAUCUGAUCCCGGAAGACUCGAAAAAGCGGGCGAUUUACAUGCACGACCUUGGUAAUCAAUUUGGACGCAAGUACUCCAAAACAGGAGCAACAACUGAUCUCAAAGAGUGUCUCCGGCUUAUCAGACAAGCGAUCGAUUUGGUAACGACGGAUCACCCAGACCGAGCCAGUUGGCUUAGCAACCUUGGUGUUCGUCUCGGCGAGGGUUAUUUGAGGGAAGACACCAGCGCAGACAUUGAAGAAGCCAUUCGAGUCACCCAGGAAGCAAUCGAAACAACGAAAGUAACGGCAGACAAGGUCACAUAUCUAUGUAACUUGGGGAAUCGACUUGGGGAGAGAUAUUCGAUGACCGGAGACGCCACGGAUAUUGAGAACGCCAUCGAAGCUACAAAGGAAGCAAUCAGCCUAUCACCGGCCGAUCCCGUCACGAACGCUAUGUGCUUGCUCAGCCUUGGCAACCGAUUCGGAGACAGGUACGACGUAGAGGGAACCAAAGCCUAUCUGGAUGAGUCUAUUCGCAUUCUGCAACAAGCGGUUGAUACAAUGCCAGAGAACCACCUAGGCAAGGCUCUGCUCUUGAAUAGCCUCGGUGUUCGACUGGCAGCCAGAUAUACCUCUGUCAACGCGACAGACGACCUUGAAAGCGCCAUCGAGAUGACAAGGCGAGCGGUUGAGAUGACUCCAAAGAUCAGUCUGAGUAGAGCGCUGUUUCUGCAUAAUCUUGGAGCAUCCCUUGGCGAUAGGUACACCAGGAUGAACAAGACAGCCGAUCUGGAGGAAGCGAUUCGAGUCGCGCGGGAAGCAGUCAACAUGACUCCAAGCGGCCACCCUAAUAGGGCAAUGUAUCUGAAGGGCCUUGCAAUACGACUAGGAGAUAGAUACUCUAGAGAGGGCGCAGGCUCGAUGUCUGAUCUCGACGAUAUUAUCGAAGCGGCCAGUGGAGCAGUUAAUGCAACACCAAGUGUCCACACAAAAAGGCCUGUGUAUCUGAAUAGCCUCGGUAUCUGGCUCAUGGAAAGAUACAAAAGAGUAAAAGCGACGACAGACCUUGACGAGGCUAUUCGAGUUUUGCAAGAAGCAGCCAACGCGACGCCAAAGAGCCAUCCUGAAAGGGCUAGGUAUCUCGUCAACCUCGGCACCGGCCUUGACCACAGGUAUGCGAGAACACGCGAUUCUGCUGACCACGAAGGAGCUCUCUCUCAGUUCCAAACAGCCCUCCGCGACCCAAGCUCUCCUACCAUCGAUCGCAUAGCAGGUGGUAUAGCAAUUCUUCAGAUCUGCAGCACCACUUCGGACUGGGAACAAGUAUGCGACGCUCUAGAAGUUGCAGUCAGUCUCAUACCAAAACUGACAGCGCGGUCUCUCGAAAACCCAGACAAGCAGCAUCUGCUUGGCCAGGUCGUUGGCCUAGCCUCCAAUGCCGCAGCGGCGGCUUUGAAUGCUGGAAGAGGUCCGACUGCUGCACUGAAGUUCCUCGAGCAGGGUCGCGGGGUGCUUGCGACGGCGCUGGAGGAGAUGCGGACGGAUGUCAUAGAGCUGCAGGCCAGGUAUCCCGAACUUGCAAAGCGAUUUGUCAGCCUUCGAGACGAGCUGGACCCUCCAGUCGCGCGUGAUACCUUUAAUCAGGAUGACCACGGCGGGUUUAACGAUCAAGCUAGAGCGACUCGGCGCUACGACGCGGGCAAUAAACUCGAUGAGGUGAUUGCUGAGAUUCAGAAACAGCCUGGAUUUGAGGACUUCUUGGCUGCCCCAAGCGAAGCAGAGUUGAAGGCUUCUGCGAGCUGCGGUCCCAUAGUCGUUAUAAAUACCAGUGAGUACCGUUGCGAUGCCAUACUCGUGGAGCAGCACCAGAUACGAUCCGUGCAGUUGCCCAAGGAUAUGGAGAAAGAAGCGCGGAAUCGUGACCCUGGGAAGAUUGAGACCCUGGAAUGGCUUUGGGACACGGUCGCCCACCAGAUUCUCGAUGCCUUGGGCUUUACUCAGCGUCACGAUCCGUCGCUCGAGAAAUGGCCGCGCAUAUGGUGGGUUGCCACAGGUAUCAUGACCAAGUUCCCACUUCAUGCCGCUGGCCGCCACGACAGUGAAUCAGCCAGCGUGCUGGACAGGGUCAUGUCAUCAUACAGCUCCUCUAUCAAGACAAUCAUACAGAGUCGACGACGUGGUCAUGAAGCAGCUGCAUCAGCCCCGGCCCAGGCUCUUCUCGUCGCUAUGAAGCACACGCCAGAGCAGACCAGCCUUCCUUUCGCAGCCAGAGAGAUAGAGGUGAUCCACGACUUGGUCAAAACGAUGCAACUGGAACCUAUCGAGCCAGGACAGCACAAGCAUGACAUCAUGGCACACUUGCCGCAAUGCAAGGUGUUUCAUUUCGCUGGUCAUGGCCAUACAGACGGUCACGAUCCAAUGAGAAGCCGUCUACUUCUGGAAGAUGGAAAGGAAAACCCUCUUACAGUCGCGAAUCUUCUUGAGAUAAACCUCCGUAAGCAUUUGCCCUUUCUUGCUUACCUCUCCGCAUGCGGGACGGGCCAGAUUAAGGAUAGGAGAUUCGUCGACGAGAGCAUCCAUUUAGUCAGCGCUUGUCAGUUGGCGGGCUUUCGGCAUGUUAUUGGUACUUUGUGGGAGGUUAAUGAUGAGCUGUGUGUGGAUAUGGCGAGGAUAACGUAUGAAGGUAUGAGGGAUGGAGCCAUGGCGGAUGAAUCGGUGUGCGAAGGGCUGCACAACGCAACUCGGCAGCUACGAGAUCGUUGGCGCAACAUGCCGAUGAACUCGGUAGCCAGGAGUGCAACUGAUGGUGAUCGAAGGCCAAGAGAUAUUAUUGCGUGUGAUGACGACGAGACCAGGCCAUUACAUUGGGUUCCUUAUGUUCAUUUUGGCGUGUGA